UACAAUUAAACGUAGUCAAAAAUAAGGCUUUCUGAAAGUCUCUUCGAACUGGUGGAUAUAUUCUGAACGUUAUACUUACGAUUUUGACGUUUCGUUGCGUCAGCCGCCGCCGGACGCCUGAAACGUGGCCUUCUUCUUUGUUCCCUCUGCGCUACACGAGAGCUGCAGAGAAGUUUGUUGCAUCAGGUCGUUGCAUCCAAGUUUUGAAAAUUUCAUAUCCAACUUCACACACGUACUCAACCACCACUUUCGCGGUUAUUGGAUUGCAGUUCUGCGAUAUCGACAGCUCUCUAUCAUCCAUCUUAUCCUGCCUAACUUCACAUACUAGGCCAGCCAGUUGUUGAGCCAUUCUUGUGGUGUGACUACUUCUUUUGGUCAGACUACAAUUUGGCAGUGUUUCACGUUACCUACUUCUACUAAGGUAGUCGGUCGUCGGUCACACGUAGCAGGAAUGGACACAUCGGGCUCGCCUGUACCGGAUGCAAUCCACCCUCUUGUAGAGCAGCUGCAAGAAGCUCUGGUGCUUGAGACCAAGUAUCAACCCAAUCUUCAACUACCCAUUACCACACAGAAUGAUGAGAUAACCAUUGGCGCUCGGGAUGGAUCGGCGCACGUGUUACGGUGCCUAAAGGUGUGGUACGACCUACCAUCGGAUGUGUUCUUCAUAGCGAUCAAUCUCAUGGAUCGCUUCCUGACUAAAAUGAAGGCACGGCCUAAGCACAUGGCUUGUAUCAGCGUGUCGUCAUUUCACAUCGCAGCGGUUCAAAUGGCUCAAUCGUUGGAUGCAGACCAUUUGGUUUCCAUAUCUCAGUGCAAAUGUACUGGCGGCGACCUAAAACGCAUGUCAGAAGUUAUCCGCAAUAAACUGGGAUGGGACUCGGGUGCACAAGUUAUUACUGCUCUUACCUUUCUUCGACUAUUCAAUGUCAUGUUUCAUGCCGCUGCUGGACAGUUGGGACUCGCCGAUUUAUAUGCUAAUAUUGUCAAGGAGUCUGAACUUCUUCUGAGGCUGGAAAUGGUGGCGUGUGAUGGUAACUGCGCGAGUCUAAGACCAUCCGAAGUUGCAUUGGUUUUGCUGUGUACGUACUUAGAUAGCGCUGUAAAUCGUCUCGAUAGCAAUGCCGAUACCACUAUGUCCCUUGCUGGUAUUGCCGGCCCAUCCACCUCCAGCUUGACAGUCGCUGCUAAUCCUGCUCACCAGAUGCUGAGACUUGUUGAUUUCGCUGCGGAACUUCAGAAAAUUUGUAAGAUCCCAGAUGAAAGCUUCUAUCGUACACACGAAUUGGUAGGCGCAAUAUUGAGCAAAUACAAUGCCCAAGAGCAAACACCGCACAGACAAAGGCUGGUUUGGAGAUUAUCAUCUCGGACCGCUCGUCUUUUACGACCUACUGAUAAAUUUACCUCAGUCUUACCAGCCAUUGCUGAGCAUGCCCCGAUUCCUUCACCUAGCAGGAUCAGGUGCGGCAGCAUAAGUUCAUCUUCCAGCUGGUCCAGUGAGGACGAAAUUGGCAUUGACUGGGAUAUGGACACCACGGACAGAAUUUUGCAUCCUAUUGACUGGCCGAUUCAGUGUUAAUCAAAUGAGGGUACGAAUUGAAGGACUUAAAAUUUCAAUAUUUCGAAUGCCAGUUAUGUUUUACCUACUGCUGCAUCAUACAUCAAAUUUGGGUUUGCAUUUGCAUCAAAGGAAAAUUUUAUAAAAUCAACUUCAGGAAUACCCUUGUGAAGAGAAAAAAGAAUAACAAUCAAGGUAGAGAGUAAUAAGUUUUUGUUUUUUACUUAUUUGUUGAUAUCAUUUCAUGCUUAGCUUGCGAGUUUAUUACGGCGCUGUUAAAUUAUCCCUGUGAGGUAUGUGCUAUCAAUCAACCCGUUUUGAACGGUCCUGCACUACUUGAACUGUCUUUUAAACAGUUUCGUAUUAACUCUGCAGUGCAUAUUGAAUAAGAUUUUUUCCUGAACAUCUGUGUACACGAUAUCUACCGUACAUACGUAUAUACAUACCUAUAUUUACUAAAAAUAUAAAAAGCCAAGCUAAAAUAUGUAUACAUAUAUAUAGAUAUGUAUAUAUAUAUACAUACAAAAAAAAAAAAACAAAAAAAAAAAACUAAAAGGUCGAAAAAGUUAUCAAGCAUAAAAAAAAAAUUAAAAAUUUUUUAUUAAAAAAAAAAAUAUAAAAUAGCGUAAUAAGCAGGUAAACUUAUUAAGGUGGCUUGACAUAGCAUAAGUUUGAAGAGCCAAUUGGUUGAUUGAAAUUGUUUUUGUUCUAGUUCCAGAAUUGCCACAAAUGAAGAUAGAAUAAAAAACGAAAUGUUGCUUGUUAAGGAAAUGUGAAGAAAGUCUAGGGUAUAGAUUUUCAUUCUGGAAUUAUGACAUCAAUUCAUUGAUACCAAUUCAUUGACACUUGUAAGUGGUUCCGUUGUUGGUAGAAGGGUGUCAUCGGUUUUUCGGUCUACCCUGAAUUGAGGCUGUCUGUAAUGGGCUACUAGCGUGACGGUAGUGUGGAGAGAAAUGUGAAAUUUAGCCAGAUGCGCCAUUCUAAAUCUUAUUACAAAGCUCUGUGGUUACUCUCGAGAUUCCGAAUACAUAUAAAGUUUUGACGAUUUAAAGAAAAGUGUAAAAAUUAUAUUUAUUUAUUAUGUGUUGUGACAAGCAAGACAAAAAUUAUUCAUUAUAGUAUAUGCAUUUCUACGAUGUUUGGUUGGUAAUGUUUAUUGAAUAUAAAAAAAUUUAGAGUCGUGAAAUAUUAUGAGAAAAUACCCGAGUAGAUAAGUGGAUGGAUGAGCGUCAGAACACAGCCAGUUUGUGCUAGUCAAAAGUCACUAUGUUCAAUCUCUGUUUUUAAUUCAGUGUUUUAACUCUCAGUUUUUAUUAUCCUAAUUAAUUAAUGAAGAUAUAAAAUGUCUCAUUAAGUAAAAGGUCCUAAUAUCAAAACAUGUUUCCAGUUUAUUUUUUCUGAAGGUUUACGUAAUAAACCAAUUCCAAAAGCAACUUCAAUCUCAUAGAUUCUGCAUAAGAGUCACGGGUAAAGCGUUAAUAAACUCAUUCAAUUCAUAAAUGAUAUACCAUUUACAAUAAAUUUACAUAUACAUCUCAGGGUAAAUGCUGGCAUUGGGUGAAUAUUCUCUGAGAAACAUUACAGUACAUGUAUAUUCGCAGAAGUUGAAAAUAAACUAGUGCAAUUUUGUGUGCUGGUCAUGGCUUUUAGUUACAUGUAACCCUCUACGACUUUCUUACCAACAAAAUUAUCGUUUCGUAUCAAAUACAUUUAUUAUUCAUUCGAAUGCAAAUCAUAUACACAUUUAUAUCUAUCAAGACGUCCCAUCGUACUAGAAUUUUUCGUACUACAGUUAUCAUUUUUCUUUUAAGUCCAAUACCACUUACCGUAGGAUGUUCUACGUGCCUUCACUCUGGCAGUGGUAUUCGAUGAUAUUGUGGAAAAUAACUUAAGUCUCGCCUUAAUCACAAUUAUUGUGCUCUACAUAUAAGUCCGGGCGUUUUCACGAAUAAAAAAAAAAAAGGAAAAAUGAUGUAAGAUUCUUUUUUUGAUGUGUAAAAUUCUUUAUUUAAUUUAAUUUGUUAUUGAAUCGUAGUAUGUUCUACGGCCGCCCGGUCAUGGCGGUAUCUCUUACUUUGACUAUCCAACCAUUUCUCGAAUAAAUUAUUCUUCAGACGUAUUUGUCUCCUUUUUUUUCUCAAUACAAGCUUAAAUUAAUACCAAAAGUGUUUGAAAUGUAGUAGACAGACCUCAGUGUUUGCUCGAAAUUAACCUGAAUAAUUUAUUCAUCUUGGUAUUGAGCAAACGAUAUUCCACUUUUUUUAUGACUCGUACUGAUCAUUUGAAAUCGCAAAAAUUUAAAUCAUAUUAUAACAGCUUUGUUUCAAGUCCUCCAAAAAUGUUGGUAUAGAUUGUUGUGGGGGUGGGGGAAAAGAUGAAUUAUUUUCUUGAUUGUCCGCGUCAUUCGCAGUAAUAAAACGACAUAAUUAGCUACAUGAAUUGUCGUUACUUCAAUAUACUGCUUACUUUCCAAAUUCAUUGUUGUUCCAUUACUGGGAGAAUGAAUAUUGCCUUUCCCGGUUAGCUGACUCUUGCAUCGAACUUGUAACAAAAACAAUAACGGAAUAAAUAAGAACUGUAAAAAAAAAACUGAGCAACAUCUGACGUAAUAAGUAUAAGAGUCUUUCUUAGAAAUUAAUAAAUAAAGUGAUAAACGUAAGUACCACCACGUUGUUACAUCUGUGAUACAUCAGCCAGCCAGCCAACCAAGUAUAAUCUUAUAAAAAAUACUGUCAAAAGUACAAAAUAAUUAUUUGAAUUCGUUAAAGGAAUCAAUGUGAAUAAAAGUAUUUCAACAUGCCCUUUAGAAGGGUAAAAGAUCUCAGUCAUAAAAAUUCAGUCAAAUUUUGCAUCGUAUCAAUUGAAAUAAUGAUUUAUACCUUCUAAUUACUACCA